AUGAUUCUAGACUUGGUGGCUCUCCAAAUUCUGGCAGCUUCCACAUUCUUCAGUGGCACAUGCAAGUACCCAAGGAUAGUUGACGUCUUUGGUACACUAGAUCGAAUCUAUCGAGACCUUCAGUACAAGAACAGAGAGGUCAAGGUCCAAGUAAAGGUCAUCGUAGUCUCCAUCGUAACAGCUUUGCUGCAUAUGGCCAACUUAGCAAAAAUCGUAAUGAACAAUGCGCUAGAUUUCUCGGUGUUGAAUUCUGUCACCUUUCUGUUGCUAGACUGCACACAACUUGCCUUUCUCUUCCACUUCACUUAUGUAACUGAAAGUAUCAUUAUGGGAUUCAAGACUGUUAGUAACAAGAUGAGAGAGGAGAUUAUCUGCAACUUAAUUGAACGAACGGUGAUGCAGCGCAGCCUAGGUGAUGGUCACAUCUUUCAUACAACACGCAAUACGGUAUCUAAGAUCAAGAAAGUCAAGUCUCUGAUGAACACCUACUGGAUGCUGUGUGACGCCGUACAUCAGGCUAAUGACUUCUACUGUGAUCAGCUGAUGGCCGUUAUGUUCUCCUUAUUUGUCCACGUCACUAUCAAGUCCUACUUCUUCUUUAUGAAUGCCGACAAUACUGCGGUGAUGAUUUGCAAGUUGAUAAACAAAGAUCUGGAUCCGAGUUUAAGGAAACAGCUUGAAGGGUUCCUACUGCAGUUGCCUCACCACAAUGCAAGAUUCUCUGCUCGUGGGUUUUUCCAGAUCCACAAUGAGACCCUCACAUCGAUGGCUGGAGCGGUGACAACUUACCUGGUGAUACUGAUCCAAUUCCAGACUGAGAAAUAA